GACAUAUAAGACGACCACAUGCACUUACAGCAGUCCAGAUUAUGAGGAUCGACCUGCAUGAUCCAAAAUGGAUUCAAAGAUUUCGACUUUGAAUGACCCUCCAAGACUUUUGUCCGGGCCACAACUUCUACAUGAUUUGAUCCGAUGGAAUGAAUACGAAAAUUCUUGUGCAAUUGACUUCACUAGUCACGAUAGACGAGAGAGGUACCGUUAUCGAGACAUACAAGCUUGUGUGACAUCUCUCGUUACACGAAUCCAAUCAACGAUUAAAGUUUGUCAAACAUCUCAACAGCAGCACAUUGUCCCAAUAUUGUUACCGCAAUGUCCUGGGUUAUAUAUCUCUCAAAUCGCAAUCCUGCAGUCGGGAGGGGCCUUCUGCCCUAUCAACCUCGAUGCGCCGAGAGAUAGGAUACGAUUCGUCGUGGGCGACGUUUCUGCGAGUAUCAUAAUUACGACAUCGGAGUUUCGAGACUCGGUUUCUUGGGAAAAUGGACCCAGAGUUAUUGUCGUCGACGAAUUUCCCAUUGCCCCCACGGAACUGGAUGAAUCAACUGAAUCACGUGAACCUACUAGCAAUGAUCUUGCAUAUGUUAUGUAUACUUCUGGUUCAAGCGGAACCCCAAAAGGAGUUGCAGUCAGUCAUCUCGCUGCUUCACAGUCUCUCUUGGCUCACGAGAGUCUUAUUCCCAAAUUUAAACGAUUUCUCCAGUUUGCCGCACCAUCUUUCGAUGUCUCCGUAUUCGAGAUUUUCUUCCCUCUGACUAGAGGUCAAACAUUGGUUGGAUGUGAUCGUAGUCAGCUACUUAACGAUUUACCAGGCAUGAUCAACAAUUUGGAUAUUGAUGCUGCCGAACUUACUCCAACCGUUGUGGGCGCUUUAUUACAGAAGAGAUCCUAUGUUCCUAAAUUAAGAUUGCUGAUGACGAUUGGUGAAAUGAUGACGAGGCCAAUCGUGGAGGAAUUUGGUGGAUCUGAUACAAAAGAGAGCAUUCUUUAUGGGAUGUAUGGACCGACUGAAGCAGCCAUUCAUUGCACAAUUCACCCCAAAAUGGAAGCAAGUGCUAAGCCGGGUAAUAUUGGAGUACCCUUUGAGACAGUAUCUGCGUUCAUAGCGGAAGCGGCUUCUGGGUCUGAAAAUGAGCAGGAUCUCAAAUUUCUCCCACAGGGCGAGCUCGGAGAGCUUAUUUUAGGAGGCCCGCAACUAGCAAAUGGUUAUCUUAACAGAGAAGAGCAGAACAGGGCUGCUUUUCUGGCAGUGGCAGAUAAAAACUACUAUAGGACUGGUGAUAAAGGUCGGAUUCUUGAAGAUGGAAGUAUAGAAAUCCAUGGCCGUAUGAGCGGUGGACAAGUUAAACUACGUGGCCAACGUGUCGAACUUGGAGAGAUAGAAGAUGCUGUCUACAAACAUCCGGGGAUCAGAGCUGUUGUAGCAGUCGUGAUACGCGGGGUACUGGUUGUGUUCGCUCUCACAAGUGAAGAAGAAACUCAUUCCGAACAAGUUCUGAAUACUUGCUCACAGUGGCUUCCGAGUUUCAUGGUACCCAGUGAGAUCAUUAUCCUGCAAGAGUUUCCUUAUCUACCGUCUGGAAAGGUAGAUAAAAGGAAGUUGGAAGCGGGCUACCAGCAAGAAUGUGAAGAAGGGGACGAGCAAUCAGACUUUACACAAAAUGAAGUAAUAGUGAGAGAGUUACUGCGCGAGAUACUUGGUCCAUUUCCCCCAAAUAUACGUUUGGCAGCUGCAGGUCUUGACUCGCUCGUUUCUAUCAAAGUAUCUAGAGAACUUCGAUUGCGAGGAUUUAACGUUGCGACUUUAGAUGUUUUGAAAGCCGAAACAUUAACGUCGCUUGCGAGGCUUUGUGAAAAUUGCCCCGAGGUUUCAAGUUCAGCCAAGGCUCAAUUGGGCCCUACCAAGUCAGAAAUGCACGCUAUGCUGAAUGGCAAUGCACAUGCCGUUGAAAGUUCUUUCCCUUGCACUCCGCUUCAAAAUGCAAUGCUUGCUGAAACUGCCCUCGACGGGAGAGCUUACCGCAACUGGAUCGAGUUAGAUUUACCUGGACUUAGCGACACCGAAAAUCUUCGUACGAAGCUACACGACCUCGCUGAUUGCAAUCCAAUCUUGAGAACUGGCUUUGCAGAGUCUUCUGAUAAUAGCGGAUAUAUGCAGUUUGUAUGGAAAUCAUUUCCCGACUCGAACAUUAAAAUUGUGGACGUAUUGACCUACGAUCUCGAAGUUGAAAAUGCAUCACUUCAUCGCCCGAUUGUUUUCGAGAUUCUACCUACUAAGCCCUGCCUAAAACUCUUGAUUCACAUCCAUCACGCUCUGUAUGAUGCCUGGUCGUUAGAUCUUCUGCUUGAUGAUUUGAAUUGUCUGUUGCAAGAUGAGAUUCCAAUUCCACGUCCCUCAUUUGCGGAUGUUGUGGGGGGUUAUCUCGACGGCAGCAUCUCUUCUGAUUCUCGAGUCUCUAAAGAUUACUGGAAAGAUCAUAUGGCAAACCUCGAGCUUAGACAUUUACCUAAUUUUCACACAAGCAACGUUGCUUCCGCUAGAUUGGCUGUGGCGCAUCACUCGACUCAGCUCUCAACUUUAGAUGUUGAAGUAGCCGCGAAACAAUUAGCUUCGAGUUCGCAAGCUAUUUUUCAAGCGGCAUAUGCUCUAAUCUUAUCCUCUUACUUAGGAACAACAGACGUUUGCUUUGGCACUGUUUUUUCUGGCAGAACCAUCCCCAUUGUUGGAAUAGAAGAAAUUAUCGGACCAUGUCUCUCAACCUUGCCGAUUCGUAUAGAUACCUCCAUAGCCUCUACUCUCCAAGAUCUUGUAGAAGAAUUAAACAGUAUAAAUAGGAAACAUCUCAAUCAUAGCACCCUCCCACUUCGCGAGAUCAAAUCGGUCAAUGGUUUCGAGCCUCGACAGCCAUUAUUUGAUACACUUCUGAUAUGGCAACAAACUCUCCAUAGUUAUGACCAGAGCAGAAGCAACGUCCUUCUUAUCGACCAGCUUGAUCAACUGGAGUUUAAUCUAACUCUUGAAAUAACUCCUACAUCUAAUACCAUUCAAUUCAAAGCAAAUUAUCAACAGUCGAUAUUCCCCGAAAGCCAGAUAAACAUGCUUCUGUGUCAAAUUGAAGAUGUCGCGAAAACAAUCAUCCAGCAUGCAGGAUCUUCACCUAUAAAUGUCUUCAAUGAAAGUAUCUCUGAAUUAUUAUCUUUGGAGAACCAUACACCUAGCGUUGCCCUUGGACCCGAGACUCUGAUAUCUUCAGUGGAACAGAUCGCAGAAGAAGAUCCCGAUCGUCCGGCAAUUGCGUUUGCUAGCAGAAUCGAAGACGUCAGUUCAGACAUUCGAUACAUGAGUUAUGGUACUUUGAAUAGUCGUGCAAACCAGCUGGGACACUAUCUAUCCAGUAAUGGUGUUCUGCCGAAUGAUAUUGUUUGCGUUUGUCUAGAAAAAAGUCAUGAUUUUUAUGCCUCAGUAUUGGCUAUCACGAAACUCGGUGCAGGCUAUCUCCCAGUAACCCCUGAUAUUCCACAUAGCCGGUUGCACCAUAUCUUGAUGGAAGCCAAGGUAAAGGUAUUGGUUGGACAUUCUUCAUCCCGGAAACUGCUGGAACAAUUUACGGAACAAAAAGUUGUUCAAAUCGAUGAGACUGAACUGGGUCAACAAUCUACGAAAAACCUUUCUAUUGCCUUCAAGCCAGAAAAUAUCUCAUAUUGUGUGUUCACUUCGGGGAGCACUGGAACUCCAAAAGGAGUGCUUGUCACACAAGGCAAUCUUCUAAGUAACCUCGACGUGUUAGUAGAGAUCUAUCCAGCAACCAGCGAUUCUAGACUUCUCCAGUCAUGUUCACAGGCCUUUGACGUAUCUGUCUUCGAAAUUUUCUUCACUUGGAGAAUUGGGGGAUGCCUGUGUUCUGCCGUGAAAGACGUUUUGUUUCGAGACAUAGAACUUGCGAUUCGUGUUCUGGAAGUGACUCAUCUCAGCUUGACACCUACUGUUGCUGCUCUUAUCGAUCCACUUAAUGUACCUAAAGUAAAGUUCUUGGUCACUGCCGGAGAGGCUGUGACACAAAAGGUUUUCAACACAUGGGCUGGCCAUGGGCUUUACCAGGGUUAUGGUCCCAGUGAGACAACCAAUAUUUGCACUGUCAAGUCACAGGUCACCCUAGAUGAUCGUAUUGACAAUAUUGGUCCUCCUUUCAAGAAUACGUCAGCUUUUGUAAUUGCUCGCAACUCAGAAUUCUCCUUGGUACCAAGAGGUGGCGAGGGUGAGUUUUGCUUUGGUGGCUCUCAGGUCUUCAGAGGGUACAUGAAUCGAGCUCAAGAUGAGGGAAAGAUUAUUAAUCAUCCCGAAUAUGGGCGUCUAUAUAAAAGUGGCGACUUUGGGCGUCUGAUGUCAGACGGAUCCCUUGUUUUUACAGGACGAAAAGAUGACCAAGUCAAGGUCAGGGGCCAACGAGUUGAACUUGGCGAAAUCAACAAUAUCUUGAUCUCUUUACCAGAUGUCGAAGAUUGUGUAACAAUGGUUAUCAAUGGACAAGGAAGUUCGCAACGCCUAGUUUGCUUUUUCACGCCACAGUCAUUAACAUCUGGAAAUAUUCUUCCUCUUCAAGUUGAUCCAAUUAUUAUUAGCGAACUCUAUCGAAUACUGGAGUCGAAGCUCCCGAGCUAUAUGGUACCUUCAAAUCUCAUUCCGGUUUCAAACCUUCCAUCGACAUCGCAAGGCAAGAUUGACAAGCGUCGACUAAUUAGCUUGUAUGAAAACUUUGAGCUUGCGUAUCUUGACUCUACUACUAAAUCUUCAACGUCUUCUGUAGAUCAUCAGUGGACAGAACUUGAGCUUGAGAUCCGCUCCUCAUUGAGUGAAAUCUCAAAAGUUUCAGUAGAUGAUAUCGGUCCAGAUACAUCAUUCUUUAGCUUUGGUAUCGACUCGAUUUCGGCAAUUGCAUUCUCCCGGAAGCUACGUCAAACAAUUGCAAAACCAAUUGAUAUUUCUGAUAUUUUGAAGCAUACUUCUGUAGUCAGACUUGCAGAACAUUUAUCAAGAUCCGAUGAGCUUAGAAACGACGACAUCUCGAUGGUUGAUACAAACUUAGGACUCAGCGAUGAAUUUUUAGAGUCUACUUUGUCUCAGUUUACCACCCCGGAAAAAGUUGCGAUAAGCGUUUCACCUUGUACGCCUUUACAAGAAGCUAUGCUGUCCGCGGUUGAGUCUUCCUCGGGCGUAUCAUAUAACAACCAUGUCAUGUUCAAUAUAUUUGGUGAUCUCGAACGAAUUCGUGGCUGUUGGCAAGAAAUGGUCCGGAGACAUGAAAUUCUUCGAACUUGUUUUCUUGCUACUGAAAUGCAAAAACACCCUUACGUCCAAGUCGUGUUUCAAGAAUUUGAACUCAAAUUCGGCUCUCUUGAUUCUAACACUCUGGAGGCUGCCAUUCUUGAAGUAGAGACAAAUUUAACACACAACGAUGAUAGCCCGCCUUACAAGGUUAACGUUUUGCACUUCAAUGGCCAGCAGCAUCUUUUGGUCUCAAUGCAUCACGCACUUUAUGAUGGAGUCGCCCUGGCAAUUCUUUACGAUGAAAUUGAAAGGCUGUACAAUGAUUUGCCUCUACUUCCCCAGGUUUCCUUUACUCCAUUUCUAGAGCACAUAAGCUCAAUGAAUCUUGAUUCUUCUGAUAAAUUUUGGGGAUCUACCUUACGAGGAUAUUAUCCACUUCACUUCGAAGAUAUGCCAAAUUUGACUAGCCAAGUUGAAGUGGACAGCACCCGCAUUCAGAAGCUGAUAUCGAAAAUUCCUCUUAGUAGCGUCGAAAAUAAUAUCAAGAAGCAUAGUACCACCCCUCUCGCUGCGCUUCAUGCGGUCUGGGCUGGCAUCAUUUCUGAACUUUUCAAAAGCACUGAUAUUUGUUUUGGCAAUGUAGUCAGUGGUCGCACUGCCCCAGUUAAUGGUAUAGAAAGACUGGUCGCGCCAUGUUUCAACACGGUUCCAAUCCGUUUGGAAAACAUUCACAAGUCCACUUACCUCGAGGCAUUCAGAAAAUUACAAAAUGCAAAUGCCAACUCCUUGCCAUACCAAUUUACUCCUUUACGACGACUUCAGUCAAAGUUCAGUCCUGAUGGAACUCGUCUAUUUGAUACCCUUUUCAUUUUACAACAGCCGUCGAAGGAACUCGACUCUUCUAUAUGGUCCAUUGCGGAAGAAAACGGUGCCAUGGAUUUUCCUUUAGUCUGCGAAAUUAUACCCAAACCAAGCAACGAUACCCUUGAAAUUGUUCUUCAUACAUCUACUUUAAUGUUUUCCGAUUACGAUGCAAAUAAUUUAAUUCAGAGAUUCGAGGAUUUACUACAAGUCGCCCUGGAGAACCCUCGGCGCCAGAUUAUUUCCUCUUCGGCAAGAGCGCAGAUCCUCGCUGUUGACGAGGAAAGAGAGAGAAAAAGGGUGCGAAUUUUGGACCCGGAACACCAGGACAAAACCAUGAGUCCAUUGGAACUAGAAAUUCGAAAUAUAGUUGCAGGAUUUACAGACGUUCCCCCAGACAAGAUCUCUCGGGAUACCAGUAUUUUCAGGUUGGGUCUCGAUAGUAUCAGUACAGUUCAGGUUGCUUCUCGCUUGAGAGCUCAAGGGCAUAACCUCCUUGCGAGUGAUAUCCUACAGCACCCUACCAUCGCUCAAGUUGCUUUGCAUCUUGAACAAAAUAAGUCUUCAGUGAAACAAAAAAGCGUUCAGUAUGAUUUCGCUGCUUUUGACCAAAAACAUCGCGAGCCAAUCUGUUCGAAAAUUGGAGUUUUAUCUCAUAAUGUUGAAGCUAUCAGACCUUGCACAGCUGUACAACAAGGCAUGCUUGCUCAAAGUUUGCAUUCUGGAGGUCAUGAAUAUAUCAACAGCGUGUCUCUGGAGAUUUUACCCGAUCACUCGUUGGAAGAAAUUAAACAUUCUUGGACUAAAGUCUGUAAAGUUCAUGACAUGCUUCGUACAGCAUUUGCUCAGAUUGAAGACCCAAAGCAUCCGUUCGCAAUGAUAACAUUCACAGAACACUCCUUUGUUCUCCCGUGGUUUGAAAGUGGCGUCCAAACAUUCUCUGAGGAUAAUGAUCGUCUCCGAAACCCAUGGGACAUGACGAUGUACAAGAACGGGGACGGAACUAUACUCACUUUCACUGCACAUCAUGCACUUUACGAUGCUCAAUCUAUGGAAAUGAUAUUUUCGGACUUUACAAAGUUAUAUCAUCGUCAAGAAUUGGCCAGUCGACCUAGCAUGAACACAUUGUUGGGUUCAGUUCUUCAAGCAUCCGAAGGAGCCCAAGAUGAGAAGAAGACAUUUUGGCAACUGCCUGAAAAUCGAAUUGUGGUCAAUAAGUUCCCUGAUUUGACUCCCCUCCGUGUCGCAGCACCUAGUAAUGCAGUUCGUGAGAUAAAAUCUUCUGCUUCACUGAAAGACCUUGAGAAUAGAUGUCGAGAACUUGGAGUCACUAUGCAAGCAGCUGGGCAAGCUACUUGGGCGAGGUUGUUGAUGGCAUAUACUGGAGAGAACGCUACGACUUUUGGAAUGACCCUCUCUGGUCGAUCUGUUCGUGAUGAUGCCAAUUUAGUCGCCUUUCCAACUAUCGUCACACUUCCGGUUAAUUGCAACGUGAUGGGCAGUAACGGCGAUCUGUUGUCCAGGACUAUGUCAACCAAUGCACAACUUCAUAAUCAUCAAUUUACGCCGCUGACAUCAAUUCAAAAGUGGUCUGGGUACCCCGAGGGACGGAUAUUCGACACUUUAUUUGCGUAUCAAAAACUACCUGAAGAUGGAGAAACUCUGAAUUCUCCAUGGAAAGUAGUCAAAGAGGAGGCUACAGUGGACUACGUCAUAUCUCUAGAAGUCCAACCCUCAUCAUCGGGUGAAAUCACAAUUCGAUUAUCAUUCAGAGAAGAUGUCGUACCCGCAGCUCAUGCUGAGCUAAUUGUCAAACAAUUUGAUGCGCUACUGCUGGAUACGCUCCAAAACCCAGAUCAUCCCUGCAAUGUAGCGCCUGAUAUUGGAGUUGAGUUGCUGUCCAUUACUCCUGCACAGGAUCCUGUUCUUCCGGACUCCGUAGCCCUUCUGCAUCAAUACGUCGAAAGAGGGGCCAAGACAUGGCCAGAUAAGGUCGCAUUAGAGUUUGCAACUUGCCUUCAACCAGGCAAUUAUCAAAGCCAAAAAUGGACAUACCUACAAUUGGACGAAGAAUCCAACAGGGUGGCUCAGAUGCUCCAUGCACGUGGAACUACUCCGGGUGAGAUAAUUGCAGUUUGUUUUGACAAGUGUGCCGAGGCUUCUUUCGCAAUUAUUGGUAUCAUGAAGGCUGGCUGUGGUUAUGUUGCACUGGAUCCUAAUGCUCCUGCCGAUCGCUUAAAGUUUAUCGUGGAGGAUUCUGCUGCGAGAUUAACCAUCAGUGCAGGAAGCCCAGCCCAGAAUUUGAAAACUUUCGUAGACGGGAAGAUUAUCGAUCUGACUGAUCCGACCACACUUCGCGAAUUUGCCCCUGAAGCCCCGGAACUUUCCAGAGAAAUCACCCCUGACGACAUAUCCUAUUGUUUGUACACGUCUGGAACAACAGGAACACCGAAAGGAUGCCUGCUUACUCAUGAAAAUGCGAUUCAAGCGAUGCUUGCAUUUCAAAGACUGUUCUCUGGACAUUGGACCACCGACUCGAAGUGGCUACAGUUUGCUUCUUUUCACUUUGACGUGAGCGUCUUGGAACAAUUUUGGAGUUGGAGUGUUGGAAUUUGUGUAGCUACAGCUCCUCGAGAUCUGAUAUUUGAGGAUAUUCCAGUUGCGAUUCAACAACUAGGUAUCACGCACAUUGAUUUAACACCGAGUCUUGCACGCUUGUUACACCCAGACGACGUCCCGUCAUUAUGCAAAGGUGUUUUCAUUACGGGUGGUGAACAACUAAAGCAAGAAAUUCUUGAUGUAUGGGGCGAGCAUGCUUGCAUUUACAAUGGAUAUGGGCCAACCGAAGCUACUAUUGGUGUGACUAUGUAUCCUCGAGUACCGAGAAAUGGCAAACCUUCCAACAUUGGUCCUCAGUUUGACAACGUCGGAUCGUUCGUUCUGAAGCCAGGAACUGAGCUACCCGUUCUAAGAGGAGGCAUUGGUGAACUUUGCGUUUCUGGAAAACUAGUCGGAAAAGGAUAUCUCAAUCGCUCAGAACUUACGACUGAGAAAUUCCCUACGCUUACUAAUUUCAAUGAGCGAGUGUAUCGCACCGGAGAUCUUGUUCGAAUCUUGCACGAUGGCACCUUCCUCUUUCUUGGUCGUGCUGAUGACCAAGUCAAACUUCGUGGACAACGUUUGGAGUUAAGCGAAAUCAAUGAGGUAAUCAAGAAAAGCAGAAACGAUCUAGAAGAGGUAGUCACAUUAGUUCUAAAACACAAAGCACAAGCUAAAGAGCAGCUCGUCACGUUUUUUGUCGUGUCAGGAAAGAGCCAGUUGAAAGAUAGUGAAGUAAUUCCCUUCAUCAGAGAUGCCUGCAGCUCGCGACUUCCAGGAUAUAUGGUCCCAACACAUUUCAUCCCCAUCAAAGCACUUCCUCUCAACGCAAACAACAAAGCGGAUUCGAAACAACUCGCAGCAAAAUUCGACGAUUUGAGUAUGGAGGAUCUUCAAAACAUGAGUAUUCAGGUGCAGAACCAUGCGGAAUGGACAAACAGAGAGGAGAAGGUGGUAGAUACCAUCGUUAAGGUAUUUCCCAUCGAUGUUCCCGAGUUAACGCGCAGCUCGAAUAUUUUCCAACUCGGUCUCGACUCCAUUACCAUGACUGCCUUUUCAAGCUCCUUGAGAACUGCGGGAUACAAUAACGCCACCAAUGCCACCGUCAGAAGCAAUCCCACGAUCGGGAAGUUGGUUGAAGCACUUCUUGCUGCCAAAAUGAAUGAUACCAGAGAAAACUCAUAUCUUGUUACAGCUCAACUGAGAAUUGCCGGCUUUUCACAGCAGCAUACAGUCACCAUUUGCAAAGACUUAGCGGUUUCACCCGAGCAUAUUGAGAGCAUCGCACCUUGCACUCCUGUGCAGGAAGCAAUGAUCUACAGGUUACUUGAGAGUGAUGGAAGAUUGUAUUAUAAUCACUUCGAGUACAAAUUGGCACCCGGAGUUAAUUCUAAACACGUUUCCGAUGCGUGGGAUCGUGUAGUUUCUAAUCUUCAGAUCUUGCGAACCAGAUUUGCCUUGACAGACGAUGGCUAUGCCCAGGUGGUUCUCAAACCCCAGGCAUCUUCGAAGCAUUGGGAGUCGGGCAUCGUAUUAGAAACCUUGGAAAUUCUCAAUAACCCGUGGUGUUUCGAUAUCAAACAUCAUGGAGACGAAGAUACCGUAUCGUUAAAUAUUUUUCAUGGCCUUUAUGAUGGGAGCAGUCUAGGAAUGAUCUUGAAUCAUCUUUGCGACGAAUCUCGCCAAUUACCGAACAUUCAGUAUGGACCGGCUUUCCAUUCAUCGUUGGCUUAUGGGCCGCUGUCGAUAGUUCCCGGAAAGGAGGAAUUCUGGAAAUCCCAUCUAAAGACAUGGACUCCCUAUUAUUUACCUCAUGACUACGCAGAUCCGGGAACUCGGAUAUUUUCUCGUACACUUGACCUGCAAGAUUUUGAAAUCAGACGGAAAGCCUUAUCUGUUGCGCCGCAGGCCAUAAUCCAAGCAGCAUGGAUCUCAGCCAUUCAAAAGAUCAUUUCUACCAAAUUGACCACAAUUGGCAUUGUCACAUCCGGCAGAGCAAUUGAUUUCGAAGGAGUAGAAAAAGUUGUUGGACCCCUUUUCAACACCGUGCCCUUCCAUCUUCCUGUACAGGCUGGCAUUCAAAUUUCCUCAAUAAUAAAGGAGUGCCACCGAAUAAAUAUGGAAAUGCAAGAAUUCCAACACACGCCAUUGAAUGAUAUAAAUAAAUUAGUUUCUGCUGCAGUCACAGGUCCGCUCUUCGAGGCACUAUUCGUGUUCCAACGUCCGGAUGCUAACGAAGAGCAAUUAUCGGAUCUAAUGGGAAAUAUUAUCUCUCCUGAGGAGGAUAGGAAUGCAGAUUAUCCUAUAGCACUCGAAGCUACUCUGAGCCACGAUAGUACUAAGCUUAUUUUGGAGAUGGUCGUGAAGAGCUCAGCUGUGACGGAAGAAAUGGCACGCCUUGUGCUCAUUGAGAUGAAUAAUACCCUUAGAACUAUUCUUCCCGGUAACGACAAUGCGACAAGAACAGUUGGGAUUGAUCUUCACCAUCAAGCCCACUCAAGACUUCUCCCAAACCCCUUUCACUGGCUGAACUUAAUUGACGAUUCAAGUCACCUAAAGCAAUCUUCGGGAGCUUUACAUCAAUCUGCGCGCUCAGGCCAAAUACCUCUAACCAAAGAAAAGGGUGAUGUUGUUUGCAAGGAGGUUGCAAAUUUGGCCAAAAUUGACAAAAUAGAUAUUGAUGAUCAUAGAUCUAUCUUCGAACUUGGACUUGAUAGCAUCGAUGUGAUCAAGUUGUCUUCACGUCUGCGGAAGAACGAGAUUGUGAUAUCUGUCAGCGAAAUUAUCAAAUGUCAAACGAUCACUAAGAUUGUAGAAGCCGCGACACUCUCCAAAGAAAUUGUAUCCGACGCAUUGUCUACCAAGAAACUCGCGAGACUUAGUCACAAGCUUCACGGGUAUCUAAAGCCUAGGCUUCCUGCAGACUUCGAAUCCAUUCUACCGGCUACACCUUUACAAGAGAGCAUGUUAAAAGAAAUGGUUGAUUCCAAUUUCAAAAGCUAUUUGACCCUCCAGGUUUUCGAACUGAGUGAAAACACCCAGGAGGGAAGAUUGUUGGAUGCUGUGGAUAUGGUUAUCGAAAAUUCGCCAAUUUUAAGAACCACCUUCCUUGAAGUUCAAGACCCGCAAUCUCCCGUCAACUAUGCACAGAUUGUUCACAAAAAAUGGAACAGGGUGGCCGGAAAGUAUCUACCUAAUUUUGAUGAUCAUGGGUGCCCCGAAGACCUUUUACAAUUAGCAGAAAACAAACUAAGAGCGGACAUGUCGUCGAUAGAGAGCCAAUUGUUUGGAAUACUUCCUGUACAUUUCGAAAACAGGAGAUUUAUCGUAAUGGGAAUUUCACAUGCUCUUUACGAUGGGAAAUCACUGCCGAUGAUACACGACGAUAUCAGCAAAGCUUAUAGGUACCAAACAAUUGCUAGUCGUCCAGACUAUAGACCGUGCCUUGCAGAGAUCUUCAAUUCUGAUACUCAUGAAGCGAAUGACUUCUGGAAAGCUACCCUGUGGAACUCGCCACCUGCAAUAUUUCCAAAGCAGGAACCAUCAUCAAUUGGCGAGACUACGACGUACCGAUAUGAGAAGCAUUCUGAGUUCUCUCUAAAAAAAAUCAGGAGCUUCUGCCGCUCUUCCAACAUUACACUACAAACUCUGGGACAAGCAUGCUGGGCUUUAGUUCUCGCAGAACUCAUGGGCCAAUUUGAUGUUGUGUUUGGAACUGUACUUGCCUGUCGUGAUACAGGUGACACAGCCAAUGAAGUAAACUUCCCACUGUUCAAUACUGUGGCAGUUCGAUCAGUACUUCGCGGAACUGUGGGUCAAAUGCUUCGAGAUAUGCAAGAGAAGAGCGAUAUGAUUCGUCAAUUUCAACAAUUCCCCCUUAGGAAAGCUCAAGCCCUCGCACUUGGCUCUCGAGACCAUUCAACCAAAGAUACCACAUUGUUCGACACAUUGUUCACAUAUCAAGGCUCUCGACCUGAGAAGGAAUCUGAUCCAUUAUAUUUGUCAUUUGGUGGUUCUUCGGAUGUUCAGUUCGCAAUCUGUGUCGAGAUGGAGGUUGAAGAUAAAUCUGAUCGUCUUUACUGGACAACAGCUUGUAAAUCUGUGGCUAGAAAUCACUUCCAAACCAACGAAAUUCUUGAAAAAUUAGACAAGGUUCUUGGGAAAAUCAUGGCAGACAAAGAGGAACAGAUCAUUAAAAUUUACAGCGACGGAGUCUCUGUAUGCGGAUCUCCCAAAUUUCAACUUCGAGAAAGUCCCCAUCAGAAAAACUUCCAAGUACCUUCUCCUUGUGAAAGUUGGUCUAAAACAGAAAUGGAGAUUCGAAAAUCAAUAUCAUUCAUUUCAGGUGUCCCAGAGAAAGAUAUCCUCAAAGACUCCACAAUCUUUCAAUUGGGCUUGGAUUCAGUUACAGUCCUCAAGCUUCCAGCACAUCUCAAAAACUACAACCUUCAUCUGACUGUUUCGGAAAUCAUGAGACAUCUCACAAUUCAGGAUAUGGCUGAUCAUUUAGCUGAGAAACAAGACUCACAGUCGAAUACUCCUGCCAACGUCGACGUUGACGUCGAUGUUGAUCUCAUCCUGGCUCAAUCUACACCAUCGAUUGAUGAGACCCAGAUCAAGCAAUUGAAUGAAUCUUUUGGCGAGAUAGACUACAUUAUGCCCGCAACUGCAGGACAAAUGUAUAUGAUUAGACAUUGGCAAAACUCUCAAGGAUCUCUCUUCCAAGCAACUUUUGAGUUCAGAUUAUCCAGCGGUUACGACCCACAACUACUCGAUUUUGCUUGGUAUAAUUUGCUACUUCAGCACGACAUUCUACGAACUGGUUUCAUUGACUUGGACUCAACUAUCGUUCAAGUUGUUUACAAAGAACCAACAAGUAUGGUAAAAUAUGUUGAGGAGCUACCUAAUCUUCAACAAGAAUGUAGCCUUCAAGAUCCACCAAUAAGUCUUUUUGUCAUCACGCCACAGAACACUUCAAAACAGGUCGAUAUGCAUCUUGUUAUUCACCAUGCUCUUUACGAUGGAAUCAGCAUCUCUUUGUUGCUUAAGGAAUUGAUGGCUUGGUAUAAUGACCCGAACACCAUGGCCAAGUCCACGUCUACAAUCGCCAAAAAUGAAUGGAAGAAAUUUGUUGCGACGACAAUCGAGGAAAAGAAUAAACCGUCCGUGAGGGAUCAAUGGAUUGAGUAUCUUGGCACUGUUCCCUCUAAACAAUCAAGCCCUGAUUCAAAUGUCGAAUUCGAAGUAAUAGGACCGGGAAUCAGGAAGCCUAAUCGAGUCGAAGUUUUCGAACCCAAUGUGCCAGCAAAAGGUGUAAAAAAAUAUGCACGAAAUACAGGUGUUUCUAUUGACCACAUACUUAUCGUUUUGGCAUCGACAGUCUUGGGUGAUCAACAAUUUAAGAAUGUUGUGGAUCUUGAUGGAAAUUUCAUCGUUGGCCUGUAUCUAGCCAAUCGCUUUCCAUUUUCACAGGACCUUUCUUCCAUGAUGGCACCUACGCUCAACAUAUUGCCAAUCAGAAUCGGGCCAAGUAAUCGGAAUGAAGAUGAUGGUUUUGCGAUACCAGAGUUGGCCAAGAAUGUGCAGAAGGGUUUGGCUAAGAUUGGUAGAGGCGGAAUGGCUAACGCGGGGCUGGACGAAAUCUAUCAGUGGACUGGCGUGAAAGUACAUGGAUGUAUCAAUAUUGUUAAAGAGGUUUCUGAUCAUAGUGAGAAGAUGGAUGAGGCAAGCUCCGAGGAGAUAUCGGAUUGGGAAGUUGUUGAAGACUUGAACGGAGAUACGGCGAAGGAGCAUAAGAAACCUCGCGAGGAGGUCGGUUUACAGCCUGUGAAGAAUGAGGAAAAGGAUACGACCAAGCGAGUUCUUUUCGAAUCGUUGGAAGAUAUGAAAGGAUAUGCGAGAGUGGUGAAGCCGAAGAGGGAUCAGACUAUGUUUGUUAGGAAGGAUUCGGGCGCGUAUCCUUCGUCAAUCGAUAUAGAAAUUCGCUAUCAUCCUGAGAGUGAAACCAUCGAUGUUGGCAUUUUCGGGCCGGAUGAUAUGUUGAGUCUUGAGGAGGCUGAGGAAUCGAUUAGAAUGCUUAAAAGUUUUUGCUUCUGAAAGGAGGUGAUGGAAUUUUUUAUUGUCGUUGGGGAAAUAACGGAGCGAGGGAUUCUGUUCA